GGCCCCACAGCGGUGUACAACUGCGCCAACGACAUGAGCAGCCGAUUCGACACCUGUUUGGAAAACAGCGGUACUCAAAUGUGCUUCUGUUCAGGCGACUACUGCAAUAGCCCCGGCACUGAUAUCGACAUCUUUCGAUCGCAUGAUCCUGCUCUAAUUCUGAACGCCGAUGAAGACAACAAUAAUGGGACUGAUGACAUCUUCAAUAUCCGCGGUGGAAGUGUCAACGGAAGUAACACAGAUCAAGACAUGAUGGGCUCAGAUCAAAACCAGACGGCUUCCUCUAACGAAAUAUCUCUUGGCUCUAAUCCGAGCCUUUCGAUGAAUGAAUCUCAUAAAUUCAAGCACAGGCAUCCUCUAGAUAGGUUUCCUUUCCUAUUUAAGACCGAAACAGACGUAAUCAUUCCGCUGAGAUCGUCUGGUGGAGAUGAAAGUUCAAAUUCUUUUGAGGAGAGUUCGUCGUCAGUGUCUGUCAACAGCGCGGCUGUGGGCAACUUGAGAGACAAAGACGCAGAGAGUUGUGCGCCCUUGAGGGCCUCCUACAUUCCUUCCCUGUUCAGCAUUUCUAUCAUAGCGUUGAUUUCGUGCGUAAGGUUCUCACUGUAGUCACAUUGGCGUCGUUAUCAUCGUUGUCAUCGUCAUCCUCUUCCUCCUCUUCCUCCCCCUCCUCCUCCUCCUCCUCGUCUGAGUAACAACAGCAGUAGCAACUCCUGCAUCGUCAUUACUAAUCAUCACCAUCUUCUUCUUCAUCAUCAUCAGCAGCAGCAGAAAAAGCAGCAGCAGUAGCAGCAGCAGUAGUAGCAGCAGCAGCAGCAAACAACAACAUCAGCCGUUGUAUCGUCACCAAUACUUUCACUAACAUUUCUUCUGUUAUCAUCAUCAUCAUCAUCAUCAUCAUCAUCAUCAUCAUCAUCAUCAUCAUCAUCAUCAUCAUCAUCACCAUCACCACCAUCUUCCAAAAACGUCAGUAUCAAUACUAUAUUUUAGUAAGCCAAUCAUCAUCAUUAUUGUUUAUAUUAUUAUGAUGAUGAUUUAUAAAAAUAGGGCGUGGAAAUUACAAACAGUGCUGGGGGGCUGAGACAGUCCGUGAACCACAGAGGCGUGGAGGUCAAUGUCCAUGGAGAUAGGAAGGUCUCUCUUUGUAUCGGACUUAGUGGAAAUAAAGUUGAGAGGGAGAGAGAAAGAGAGAAAGAGAGAAAGAGAGAGAGAGA